AUGGGUCCAGUCCUCUACAAUCACUUCUCGGAAGGCCCAACCAUGGUCCUCCCUCAUUCCCAAAACCACCCAUCCUUUCAAUUCCCGUGUCAUUCGACACAGGGUCUACAGGCCUUCGACUCCAGCUCGUGGUCCAUGGACGCGCCUUAUGCGAGUUCUUCCAAACCCCAAGCGCGUUUCUCUACAUCCUGGACACCUGCACCGGCUGCAAAGCCCAUAUUCAUGAAAACCUCUCGCAAGCGUUCCCGCGAUGACAGUGAAGAACCCAAUGAGCAACGCAAAGAGGCUUUUAAUCCCGCUCCCAAAUUUCGUGCCCCUGUCAUGGAAGAACCCAUAUAUGGCGAAGGCAUGGUCUUGCUCAACCCUCGAACUGGCAUGGCACUGUCUGCAGAAAGUCAGACGGGCACUUGGUAUGAAGAAAAUGUGGAGAAACAAGUUGCUGUAGCUCCCCCGAUCUCCUCGCGACGGCAGACACAGGAUGCGAGCUCCUCAGCGCUUCUGAGUCGCAAAUCUCAACGUCUCGACAUUUCCGCUCCCGGAUUAGACGAUGUAUCGCUUGCUUGUAUCCAGCAAAGACUUCAAUCCAAUACCAGUGAUGACGACCGCCGUGCUCUCGGGAACACUGGCGCUUUCAACGAACCUCACAUCGAUGACGUGACCCUUCUGCUUGGAAUCAGCUGGCAGCGCGUCAACCGGGAUGACCUGGCUCCUGCAAUUUGCGGGUGGGAAAGGUAUAUCAACAACCACUUCCACCGAUACCUUCAUGAUGCCCGCAUUCUUCUUAAGAGUCGCAGCCUGAACGCCUAUCUAGUUGCUGCCAUUCCCGCAAUCGACAUUGCGCCUGCCAAUACCGGCUUUGGAGAUUUGACCGAAGCCCAGCUCGUUGGGUCGACUGUUGAUAAUUGCCUACAGAACCUUCGUGCUACACCCAUUCAAUUCGAAGGCAGCGAGGUUCUUCGGGCUUCUGAAAGAUCACCAGAGCGUGUCAUAAAUAAUACAAACGGCUUUGUCGCUCCAAUCAGUAAAGACGACUUCAACAAUAUCCCAACUCACAACAGCGCAUUGAAGGAUGAGGUGGUGAUGGGAACGGGGAUGGAUCUCGACAUGUGA